CGCAUGCGCGGCCGCGGGCGGCGGGCUGAGAGCGGCGGCGCGGCGAUGGGGCUGCUGGAGCAGUGCGAGGCCGCCUUCGGCGCCGCCGACCUGUACCGGGCCCUGGGCGUCCGCCGCGGGGCCUCGCCCGAGGAGAUCCGCCGCGGCUACCACCGCGCCUCGCUCCGCGUCCACCCCGACCGGGUCCCGGCCGAGGAGAAGGAGGAGGCGACGCGGCGGUUCCAGAUCCUGGGCAAGGCCUACGCCGUGCUGAGCGACGCGGAGCAGCGCGCCCUGUACGACGAGCAGGGCACGGUGGACGAGGAGGGCGAGGCGCUGAGGGCCGAGCGGGACUGGCAGGAGUACUGGCGGCUGCUCUUCAAGAAGAUCACCGUAAAAGAUAUUGAGGAGUUCGAGAAGACCUACAAAGAUUCGGAGCAGGAGCUAGCGGAUAUCAAAGCGGCGUACGUGGAUUUUGAGGGUGACAUGGAUAAAAUAAUGGAGUCUGUGCUGUGUGUGGACUAUACGGAUGAACCGAGAAUAAGGAAAAUCAUAGAAAAAGCCAUUGACUGCAAAGAAGUCCCGUCCUACAAAGCUUUUGUCAAAGAGUCUAAGCAGAAAGCCACGGCAAGAAAAAGGCGGGCAGAAAAAGAAGCAAGAGAGGCAGAAAAGUCUAAACAAGAACUGGGCCUUGGUGAUGGAGAAGAUGACUUGAAAGCGCUGAUUCAAAGCAGAAAUAAAGAUCGUAAAAAGGAAAUGGAUGACUUCUUGUCCCAUCUGGAAGCAAAAUACGGGAACAAUCCUAAAAAGGGAGGAAAGAAGACUGCAGCCAAGAAAGGAAAGAAAUAAAGGACUAUGUAGGCUGAAACAUGAAGUAUUACUUUGUAUGGGAACAUGUGGAGUUGGGAGAAUUUCAGAGGUUUUCUGGACUACUGUUUCAGAGCACGUGCACCAACUUGCUGUGACUGGCAAGUAGGACGCAGAAUGCAUCGUGAAUGACAAAGCAUUCUGGUGCUGCUGUUUAAAAUUCUUCGGUGCUUUUUAGUUAAGAUCAGAUUCUUGGCUAAUAGUUUUGUUACAGCAAGGAAGCGAUGAGAUGCUUGGGAUGCCUGUUUAUUAGAGGCGCAUUGAAGCAUGUUCCCUCCAAACACUUGGGGACAUCAGUGCUGCUGAUGGGGAAAUAAUGUAAUCCCGCACCUUCAGAGACCUCAGCAACAGUUCCUGUGGCUUCUGACUUAGAAACCUUAUCUUUCUGUUGUUUGUGUGUUUUUUUUCUAACAAACCUUGCGAGGCUUUUAAAGGUCUUUGCACUUCAGCUCAUCAGGUGUUUUUCAGAUAUUCCGGUGGUUUUAUAAGAAUCCUUUUGAAAAUUGCAGAUUUAAUAAAAGAAGAUUUUGCAGAAUUUUGUGCUA